UUCCUGCCCCGCCUCCUCCGGCUCCUCGCGGUGCAUGAUGGUCAGGUAACCGGUGGUGGUGAUAUCCCUGUGCGCUGCUCUACUCCCGAUUUCAGCUGCCGUUGCAUCUCCGGUUCUCCUGUAAUGGUGAAGAGACGAAGCGGCGGCAGCAGCAGCAGCAGCGGCGGCGGCUGAGCUUCACUCACAGCUGGCCUCAUAGGAGGCGAGUCCCAAUGCCAUGGCUUCCAGCCACGGCUCCUCCCUAGUGCCUCGUGGUGGAGGCCGAGAUGGGAUCUAUCACAAGGAGCAGGAUCCCUUGGCCCCUCGGCGCCGGCCCGUCCGCUCCCUGCCUGACGUCUGCCCCAAAGAGCCCACAGGUGGGGGGCGGGGCUUGUGCGACGGCCCAUCUGUGGUGGCGGAGCACGACCGAUGGACGGUGUACAGCUCGAAGGUCAACCUCCCCGCCGCGCUGAACGACCCCCGGCUUGCCAAGAGGGAGUCUGACUUCUUCACCAAAACGUGGGGGCUAGACUUCGCGGAGACGGAGGUGAUGCCGUCGUUCUACCUGCCCAACAUUGGCAGGGAGCACUUUGCAGCGUACCUGCAGGAGACGGCUCAGAGGGAAAAAAUCCACGAACGCUGCAAAAGCAUUUGUCCCAACAAGGACGACCUGGACGCCAUCUCCAGUAUCACCACCAACCACGAAAAGUCCAGAGCUGAGCUGGAACAAGUCCCAAAGAUCUUCAUGAAGCCGGACUUUGCUCUGGAGGAUCCGAUCACCUUCAGUGCCGUCCUGCCCUGGUCACACUUCAGCAGCUCCGGAGGGAAAAGCAGCCGUGACGUGGCGUCGUCCAAACUUCUGCAGGAGAAGCUGAGUCAUUACCUGGACGUGGUGGAGGUCAGCAUCGCCCGGCAGAUCUCCCUGCGCUCCGACGCCUUCUUCCACGCCAUGUCGUCGCAGCAUGAGCUGCAGGACCAGCUGCAGGAGACACAGCGUGCCGUCGCCGUCCUGCGGGGACGCACCGCCGCAAUAGACCGCGUCAUGUGCCAGGGGCCGCUGCGUGCCCUGCGCACCGCGCUGACACGCAACAACUGUGUGAAGCUGCACAACAAGCUGAAGCUGAUGGCGGCGGUGCACCAGACGCAGCCCACAGUGCAACUGCUGCUCUCCACCUCCGAGUUUGUCGGAGCGCUGGAGCUCAUCGCCACCACCAAGGAGGUGCUGCAGCAGGAGCUGCAGGGAAUCCACAGCUUCAGACAUCUGGGCUCUCAGCUGUGUGAGCUGGAGAAGCUGAUCGACAAGAUGAUGGUGGAGGACUUCAGCAUGUACGCCCGCAGUGACCUGAGCCGCAGCCUGAGGGACGAGCCACAGGUCCUGGAGAAGGUGCAUAAACCAAACGCUGUUUCCCAGAAGGAGCGUCUGGAGUCGCUGGUGUUCGGCCUGCUGAGACAGAGGAAGCUGGACUUUCUGGACAUUUACAGCGAUGAGAUGAUCUUGGCUGCCAAAGCCAUCGUCAGUCAGUGUGUGGCAGAAAGUGUUUUUCACAUCGAAGAAAUCGACACAGAAGCCGUCACGAAGCUAGCUGAGCAGAUGCGUCUGAUGACGUCCCCUCAGUGGUUUGACCUGCUGAAAAACAUCUUUGACACUUUCCUUCUGUUUCUGCAAAGAAUCAAGGCAACUCUGAGCGUGAUCAGAAACGUACUUCUGGAAGUUCUUAACUCGAACCAGAAGAACCGGCUCCUGGAGGAGGCGGGUUCAGGUGCUUCAGGCCACCAGUCUUCCCCUGAUCCGACAUCCUUGCAGGGGGAGGCGGAGUUGGCGUACCUCACCCAUGAAGGUCUGUUCAUCAGCGAUGCUCUGAGCGAGGCCCAGCAGCAGCAGCAGCAGCAGGUGUUGUUAUCCCAGGAUCCGAGCUCCAGGAUCCAGCAGGGUCCCCGCACAGAGGCGGUCGAUUCCGGAACCACAGAGAGCUUCGUCAUGUCUGGUGAACACGUGAUGCCGACUGAGACGGAGAUGAAACGCGUCAUUAGCAGCGCGCAGGAGCUGCUGCACACGGCGUCCGACAUCAGCCACGACCGCUGCGUCAAAGUCCUCACGGCCAGAGCCAAGGACGGCUCCCUGGAGCGUCUGAGCUCGGCGGAGUUUGUGUGUCUGUCUCAGGCGGUGGAGGGUUUCGUCAGGGACACGGAGGAGCUGUGUGGCAGGCGCAGCGUCUCCCUGAGGGGGGCGCUGCAGAGCCAGGCCAACCGCUUCGUCCACCGCUUCCACGAGGAACGCAAGACCAAACUCAGUCUCCUCCUGGACAACGAGCGCUGGAAGCAGGCGGAGGUUCCCGCCGAGUUUCAGGAGCUCGUCAACUCCAUCGCCGACGGCAAAAUAUCGCUGCCGGAACGCAAAAUGCCAGGUCCAGACGACAGGAAGCCCGCGGAGUUUCUGCUCGUCAACGGACAAAAAUACGCCGUCGUCGGGACGGUUCUGCUGCUCAUCCGGAUCUUUCUGGAAUACUGUCAAUGUGUCAACGACAUCCCAUCCAUCGCCACAGACAUGCUGACGCGUCUGUCCGACCUCCUCAAGCACUUCAACUCUCGCAGCUGUCAGCUGGUUCUGGGCGCCGGAGCGCUGCAGGUCGUCGGACUCAAAACCAUCACAACCAAAAACCUCGCAUUAGCCUCCCGCUGCCUGCAGCUGGUCGUUCACUACAUUCCCGUCAUCAGAACUCACUUCGAGACCAAACUACAGCCCAAACAGUACAGCGUCCUCCGACACUUUGACCACAUCACCAAGGACUACAACGAUCACAUCUCAGAAAUCUCAGCUAAGCUGGUGGCCAUCAUGGACAGUCUGUUUGAGAAGGUUCUAUCAAAGUAUGAAGUCAGAGCUCCGAUGCCGUCGUCCUGCUUCAGAAACGUCUGCAAACAGAUGGCGAAGAUGCACGAGGCCAUUUCUGACCUUUUACCCGAGGACCAGACUCAGAUGCUGUUCCUGAGGAUAAACGCCAGUUUCAAACUGCACCUGAAGAGGCAGCUGUGUCGACUGGGCGUGGUCAACGACGGAGGACCACAGCACGGACUGGUCGUGGUCGACGUAGCGUUCUACACGGAGAACGUUCAGGUUCUGCGGAGCCUCGAGCGCCUCGACCUGAACAUGGUGGAGAUCUGGGAGCAGAAGAGGUGAUGGGCGGAGUCUGGACGUCCAGGACUGACAGACGGAGGCCAACGCCCCGGGCGGGUGGGCGAUGUCGUCAUCGUUGUUGGAGGAGCAGGAAACUCGCUGGGACCAAAAACGUCAAAACUGGAGAAGAGUGUCAGAACUUCCCCCCCAGAUCAGUUCCACCUUAAAAAGACUAAAUGAAGAGAAACACCUUAAGCCUCCUUAAUAACUGGCCCCGCCUCCACUGUGCAAUUAUUCACAAACUUUCGUAACUUAUUAGCAACGGUUUUAGCGCGGAAAAAGGCGGGUAAUUUAUUUUUUUCUGUCACGAAAAACACGGGAUAGUUUUUCUGCAACGCUUUGAGCCGAAGGGAUUUUUUCUAAAGAUUCAGCGCACACUGCGCUUUUCUUGCUUUACUGUCGCAGGUUUUGCGACGAUUCUGAGCUGGAAGGAAUCAUUGGCUCCGCCUCCUCACGUUGAAACAAUCAACAGGGUUUUUUUGUUCGUUUUUUUUGUUCACUGUGGCCGAAGAAAAAACAUUCUUAGGAUUUUUAUAAAUUGAGACAAAAACAUUUUUCCGGACUUCCUGUGUUCAAGAGUUUAUUUUUCCUGUUAAAAAAUAAAUAAAUAAAAAAUCUGGACUGUGAACACAUCAUCACACACCUCAGCUACUUCCUGUUGUUACCAAAGUUAAAGCCUCUAAUUUAACUCCUCGGUUUGAUCACGACUCGGGAAACCACAAAAUCUGAUGGACUUGAGAAAAAAAAUCACCACGGCAACAGAGACAGUGAUGUUCUCUUCAGGUUCUUCUUCUACUGCAUUGAUUAUGAAUGAGAUGAUUAUUUGAAAACAAACUUUAUUAUCCUGAGACAACUGUGGCCACUGCGGGCUUCCGUACGUGAGGGACGUGUGUUUGUGUGUCAGUGAAUAUAUGUACAUAUGCAGUUGUGUGUGUGUGUGUGGGAGGGGCAGCACGUACGUACGAAAAACAUUACGUCUUGAAUAAAAUGAUGAUGAAGCUA